AUGGCGCCUCGAGGUCGUCAGAAUACCAGCGCGCGCGAGACUCGCAAUGCGCGCAAGCCAGCUACUACCUCCAGAGGUGGGAUUCAGAAGCGCAAGGCUGGUCGUGUUGAUGGCGAUGGCGAUUUGGAUAUGGACAGUGCCGGUCGACGUGCUAAGAAGGCUACCACUGCCGACACCAAACCCACUCGGUCCAGUACUCGAACUUCAACACGUGGCGGCCCGUCCAAAAAUGCUCAAAAUGUGCUGAAGCAUUUGAGCAACGGCACCGCCGCUUCCCUUGCCUCUCGCAUUUCAAGUGCUUCCUCUGGCAAGGGUCCCAAGACUCGAUCCCAAGACAUGACAGGCCUGACGGUUCUACGAGUCGGUGGUUUGAAAGAAAGCAAAGCAGCCAGCAAUGCUGGGGGAGGUGUCAACGACCUCCUUGGCUUUAUGGAGAGAAAAGCUGGUUCAUUCAGAACUGGAUCGAAGCGAAAAGUCGCCAUCAAAAAGCACCAUACAGUCGGUGACUACGUCUACAUAGGAGCGAGUGGGGAGGAUGCUUCCGAACUAAUCAAGCUCAACACAUUUACGUUUGCUGGUGCGCCUUUGGAGGUCAUCGAAGUGGACGAGGUCCCGGACAGGGGCACGGCAAUCGAGUCCAAGACUACUCUAGAGCUUCGUACCAAACUUCAGGAAAUUCUAAGUUCUCGGUACCUUGGCGCCAACAAGCUUCUCAAUCUUGAUGCCCUUGCUUCAGACGCAAACCUCGUCACUUUGGGCAUGUUUGAGAGUCGAGAACGUGCUCUGAAGACAUUCAGGGGGCUCAUGGCUGUCUGCGAAAGUCUUUUUAAGACGGAUAAGGAGAAACAAGAUGCAAUCGAGAGCAUCAGUCUGGCAAACAAUAAUAUCGAUGAUGUUGGCCAAGUGGAAGUCGUCGCUACAACUUUUCCUCGUUUGAAGAAUCUCGACAUGAGUGGCAACCAGGUGGCUUCAAUGCAAGCACUCCAACCGUGGAAGGGCAAGUUCAAAUACCUCGAAACCCUGUUCAUGACAGGGAAUCCCAUCGAAACCACAGAUCCGAGCUACCCAUCAACCCUUCUGGAAUGGUUUCCCAGGUUGCAGAACAUCAACGGUACCCAACUACGCACCCCGGAGCAGAUUGCUGAGCAGGAGGCUGCCCUUAGACCGAAGCCAAUUCCCCAGAACGGUCCUGAUUUCAGGGAUGUCGGCGGUAUUGGCGAAAACUUCCUCUUGGAAUUUUUUGCGGCAUAUGACAGCGAUCGCCCUGGCCUCGCGUCAAGGUUAUACGACGAAGACAGUCGAUUUUCUAUAUCGGUUGACACACGAGCAGCUCCGGACCCCAACGCUGCUGCACCCAUGUCUUGGGCUUCGUAUAUCAAGCUAUCGCGGAAUCUGACUAAAAUCACCAUGCCGAACCCUCGCAUCCAACGACUCUUCCGUGGCGCUGCUAGCAUUCAGGAUGCUUGGAAGACCCUUCCCCUCACUCGACACCCCGAUAUCAAAGUGGAGAUCAGCAAGUACAUCAUGGAUUGCCAUCCUUUGCAGGGACUUGUCGACCCCAGCGGUCAGAGCUCCGGAGGCGUCGAUGGCUUGAUAGUGGCAGUGCACGGUGAGUUCGAGGAGCAAGACCCUAACACCAAUGCGACGGGAAAGCGAAGCUUCUCCCGUACGUUCGUCCUUGGACCCGGAAAGCCAGGGAAGGGGGUUAUCCGAGUCGUUAGCGACAUGCUGUCGCUUCGAACAUAUAGUCUACUCCCCAACGUGUUCGCGGCGCCUGUCUCAAUUCCUACUACGACACCAGCCGAUCAACACCAAGCAAUGAUCACCGAGUUAUGCAAGCAGACGGGCAUGACACCCCAGUACUCCGAGAUGUGUCUUACCCAAGUGAAUUGGGAAUUUGACCAGGCUUUGGUGAUAUUUAACGAGAAGAAGUCACAACUUCCAGCCGAGGCUUUUGCUACGAUGGUUGGCUCAUAG